AAUGAGUAGGCGAGCAGUUCACCUAUGUAUCUAUCACUGCGCUAAGAUGUAUCUUACAGAUAUUUUGCGCCAUUAGCUCGCUCUCCUUAGUCGCGGUUUAAAUCUUGCUGCGUGCGCUGUCGAGCUGUGAAGAUGCAAGCGUAAAAGUGCAAAGUUCCUGGAUGCAAACCCAACGAAAUCGAUUCGAAAGAAAGUAAAAACCCAGAAGAAAGAACUCAGCGAAAGAAAGUCGAACGGCGAACGGCGAAAUGAGUGGAUCGCUCUUCCAGCAAGGGAUGGGUCAAUCCCUGCUCCUGAUCCUGCUGCUGAUCGCGGUGUCCACCGAUGGCUAUAACCUCGACCUGCCCAGUUACGUCCGCUUCCGGCAGGCGACCAACUCGAUGUUCGGAUUCAGUAUCGCGAUGCACAAGGCUCGCAGUGGAUUCUUCGGCAGUCAGAACAAUGUCAGCCUGAUCGUCGGAGCCCCCAAAUUCGAUACGUCCCGCUAUCAACAGGGCGUGACGGAGGCCGGCGGCGUCUUCAAAUGCAGCCUGAACGACGACGACUGCAAAUUGGUGCCAUUCGAUUCCAAAGGCAACAAUUACAAUUCAGAACAUGAGGUCGUGGACAGAAAAUCCUAUCAAUGGCUCGGCGCAACGGUGGUCACAGGACGAGAUAGUGAUUUGGUUGUGGCCUGUGCUCCGCGGUACGUUUUCCACACGAUGACGCCGACGAGGGCGUUCCGCAUCGAUCCCGUGGGCACCUGCUUCUCCUCGCACGACUUCGAGGAGUUCCGCGAGGUCUCCCCCUGCCGAACAAGCAACUGGGGUUAUCAUCGGCAAGGCUCGUGUCAGGCUGGAUUCAGUGCAGCGAUCAACAAGAAUGGCUCGCGUUUGUUCAUCGGCGCACCUGGCAGUUGGUACUGGCAAGGACAAACCUACUCAAUACCGCCCGAUGCCAAGUUUCGAUUUAAGCCGCCUUUUUAUCAGCCCUUCGGCACUGGAGGUCAGACCAGUUCCCACGACGUGACCAAGCCGGAGAACCAGGUGUUCUCCACCACGGAGAGCGCCUCGGCGAACGAUGACUCCUACUUGGGCUACUCGAUGAUCACCGGCGACUUCGAUGGCGAUCGCAGCGAGGACGUGGCCAUUGGAAUGCCACGCGGUGGCAAUCUCGUCGGCAGGAUCGUCGUGAAUCGCUGGAACAUGGCGAACAUCUUCAAUAUCACGGGUCGCCAGAUCGGCGAGUACUUUGGCUAUUCGCUGGCCACCAGCGACGUGGAUGGCGAUGGCCUCGAUGAUCUGAUCAUUGGUGCGCCCAUGUACACGGAUCCCGACAACGUCGAGGGCAAGUACGACGUGGGCCGGGUGUACAUCCUGCUGCAGGGCGGUCCCGUCGAGGAGAAGCACUGGACGACGGAGCACAUACGCGACGGGUUCCAGAGCAAGGGAAGAUUCGGCCUGGCGCUCACCACGCUGGGCGAUGUGAAUGGCGAUGGCUAUGGGGACUUUGCAGUGGGCGCUCCCUACGACGGACCCGAGGGCAGGGGCGUGGUGUACAUCUACCACGGAUCGCCGUUCGGUCCGCUGGCGAAGCCCUCGCAGAUCAUCAAGUCGGAGCAGCUGGUGGAGGGAGCUCCCUAUCCGCGCACCUUCGGAUUCGCCCUGUCCGGUGGCCUCGACAUGGACGGGAACACCUAUCCGGACUUGGCCGUGGGUGCCUACAGCUCCGACCAGGUGUUCAUCUUCAAGUCCCGCCCGGUGGCCGCCGUGAAUGCGGAGACGAGCUUCGCCAGCAACUCGAAGCUGAUCAGCCUGGAUGACCGCAGUUGCCAGCUGACGAGCGACCACAAGAGGGUGCCCUGCAUGCUGCUCUCCACCUGCUGGAGCUACACGGGUCGCUACCUGCCCGAGCAACUGGACUUUGACGUCUCCUGGCUGCUCGACGCCAAGAAGCUGCCCAAUCCGCGCAUGUUCUUCCUGAGGAACGAGGGCAAGAACAUUCGCAAUCAGACGAUCCGGUUGAACUAUGGCCAGAAGUACUGCAUGAACGAGACGGUCUACCUGCUCGACAAGGUGCAGGAUAAGCUCACGCCCCUGGAGGUGGAGGCGCGCUACAACCUGCGCAGCAGUCGCCCCUUGGAUCCGAUGGUUCGUCGCAGGAGGAGCAUCCUCGAACCGGUGAUCGAUCAGAACCGGGAGAUCGUCCUGCGGGACGCCAUCAAUAUUCAGAAGAACUGCGGUCCCGACAACAUCUGCGAACCAGAUCUCAAGCUGAUAGUCAACACUGUGGAUAAGUAUCUGUUUGGGUCACCGGAACCCCUGGUCAUCGAGGUCACCAUUUCGAACAACAACGAGGAUGCCUUCGAGGCGGCCUUCUACAUGGUCACCCCGCCGGAUCUUCAGUUCAGGAAGCUGCAGCAGCUGGGCGAGAAGAAGGACACGCCCAUCACCUGCUCGCCGCCCACUCCGGAGAACAACCACACGCUCAAGUGCGACAUCGGCAAUCCACUGGAGUCGGGAAAGAUUGCCCACUUCAAGAUCAGCUUGGUGCCGGAGGAGAAGUACGGCAGCUCGUCCAGCUACGACUUCUACUGGGAGGCCAACUCGACGAACCUGGAGAAGCCCGGUUCCGACUUCGACAACAAGAUCCGCCAGAGCGUGGGCAUUUGGGUGGACACCGAUCUGGACAUUAAGGGCACCUCGCUGCCCGAUUACCAGCUGUACAAGGCCGACGACUACAAGGAGCUGUCCAAUGCCACCAAGGAGGACGAGAUCGGACCGGAGCUGGUGCACAUCUACGAGAUCCGGAACAACCGACCCUCGAUCAUCGAGGAGGCGGAGGUGUACAUCCAUCUGCCGUACGAAACGAUCGUCGGCGAUCCGCUGAUGUACCUGCUCAACCAGCCGGAGACCGGUGGCAAGAUCCAGUGCGACGAGGUGGGCGUCAACGAGUAUAAUCUCCUCCUCGACGAGAAGCUGCAGCGGGUGUCGCAUCUGCAGGCCCAGGGUGCCAUUUCCAACUCUGCCCUCGUCGCGGGCGGACAUUCAGUGAGCUCCUCGGGUGCCAGCACUUCCAGUGCGGCCAGUGAGCACGUGGAAAUCGCCCACGACGGCGGUGGUUCCUCUGGCCAGCGGGUCUCCCUUACUCCCAAACAAGUCGAGGAGCUGGAGAACGAGGCUGUGAUGGAGGGUCUCGGCGACGCCUCCUUCGUCCACCACGAUCGCGCCAGCCAGGCGGUUCAGGAGCCACGAGUCAACCAAUCCAGCUACUCCACCUUCUCCACGAUCAGCUCCUCCUCGGGAGCGGGCUCGGGUUCGGGAUUGGGAGCGGGAUCGGGUUCUCCAUCCGCACAGCUGCGCGGCCACAGCACCGCGGGCCACAUCCAGAUGGCCGGACCCGUGCAGCACACCAGCAGCAGCUACAGCAACGUCUACUCGCUGCCGACCCAGCAGCACCAGCAGAUCCUUCUGGCCGGCGCUGGUGGAUCCGGAUCCGGAUCGGGAUCGGCGGUUAACUUCAACGACAAGUCGCAGUUUGGCGGAGGCACCGGCAACUUCCGUGCUGGCACUCUGGACCUGGGCACGCUGAACGGUGGACAGGUGGUUGGCGACAGGAGUCGGACGCAGUACCUCAAUCCCGGCCAGAGCCAGAGUGCAGGCCAGAGCCAGGGUCAGUUCCAUACGUCGAAUCAGGGCCACUACCAGGGACAGAACCAGGCUCAGUUCCAGGCCCAGAAUCCCGGCUACCUGCAGGGUCAGUCCUACCAGGGACAGACGCAGUACGGCGGAGCACCCGGUGGCUACCACGUGACCUACUCCUCGGGCAGCAAACCCUACUACGGCAGGGAGAACGAGGACGUCUACGACGAGCUCAACCGCCAGCAGGCGAUGCCGGGCAGUUGGAGCAGCAGCUCCAGUUCCAGUUCGUCCUCGCAGCGACGCCUUCGCAGAUCCGACGACGACCAGGAGGAGCCGCAGCAGAUCGAUCUGAAUUCGCCGUGCAAGUCCGCCAAGUGCAAGAGCAUUCGGUGUGUGGUGAAGAACCUGGGCACCGAGGACGGCGACGCCGCCUUCGUGGCCAUCCGGGCACGCAUGGUGGCCAAGACGAUGGAGAAGUUGGCCUCGAACGUCCCACUCAACGUGUCCACGCUGGCGGUGGCCAAUGUCACGCUGCUGCCCUUCAUCGGUGCGCCCAAGGACGCGAUCGUCAAGUCGCACGAGAUCUUCUACAAGGCGGAACCGGAACCGCACCAGGUGCCCGACGUCGUCCCACUGUGGGUGGUCGUUCUGGCCGCCUGCGCCGGAGCGCUCAUCUUCCUGCUGCUCGUCUGGCUGCUCUACAAGUGCGGCUUCUUCAACCGCAACCGGCCGACGGAUCACUCGCAGGAGCGCCAGCCACUGAGGAACGGUUACCACGGCGACGAGCACCUGUAGAAUCGCCACGAUGUCCUCCAGUUUAAAAAACGCAGCGAGAAUUAGCAAGAGAAUUAACAAAACCACGAAAUACUUCUAACAUCGCACUAAACCAGAACGUACUAAAAACAACGAAACGGUUCUAAGAUGUACUAAAAUCGAGCGCUUAGUCGAGUUUAAAACACGCGAUGUCGACGGAAGGUGCCAGUGGAUGUGGAUAAUCCCCUCUGAAUGCAUCACUUUAAAGGGAUUAACCAGCUGCUUAAAGAAAAAAACAAAAACUCUAAAAAACUAAAUGGAGAACAUUGUUAGAAAACCACACAUUUAAUCUUGCCUAGUCACGACAUGAAGAACUUUCUAAUGCGUAACGAUUUUUUUUAACUUUAACACACAUAUUAUUUUGCAAUUUUUUAUUUUUUAGACUUUUGUGUUUUUGUUCAUUGCAAAAAUUUCGAGGAAAGUUAAACAAGUGCUAUAUUAAUCUUUACUAAAGAAAGAGAAGGAACCUAGGCUAAGGUAGUGAAUGACUGAAAUACCGACUGAAUGAAUGCGCAAGUGAAUGAGCGAAUGUGAGUGAUAGCCGAUAUAGAAAUAUCGAAGUUGUAUGUUCUGAAUCGAGAAAGGGGAUAAUGCAGAGCCAAGAGCUGCCCUAUACUGCCACGCCCCCUAAUUUUUGGGCAGCAGCGGAGGCCAGGAAAUAAAUACCGAGAAGAUCCACACUUAUUAGGUGCUACUCUAAUUUUUUUUAAUCUAUUCUCUCGAGAAUAAGUGGCUUUUGCCUUAUGCGAAACCCAUUUUUUUGUGGAAAUUGAUGGCCAAACUCAAAGUUUGCCGGUUGGAGAUAAUGUUACAACGCCAAAAUGUGUUGAAAAAUGCAAAAGAAAUUAUAAAAAAGGAAAAAAAUUAUUGAUUAAUCUAUGUAAUUCUUGAAUGUAAACUUUUUGUGUAAAUACUAAAAAUGAAAACAAAAAAACGACGCGAGAAGGAGAACAGUUGAAUCGUUAUAUUUAAAUUAAUAUUGCAUUUAUUUCCAAAUUACAGUGAAAGAAGCGCUGACCGACUUCUUGCAGUGUACUCUCGAAAUAAAACCCCUUUAUGUACCACUUAAAUAUAAACACCCUACUAAAAUUUAGUCUCGCCCGCUGCUCACAGUUAGUUUAGUUCAAUUAUACGCUACUGUUUAAUUUAUUAACUGUACUUAUUUAUGCGUAUCAUGAAUAAUGAUUGAUUGCCCUCUA